AUGGAACAAGACAGAACCAACCAUGUUGAGGGCAACAGAUUAAGUCCAUUCCUGAUACCAUCUCCUUCUGCCAUUUGCCAGUCAGAAUCUCUGGCUAUAAAGCUCCAGAAUGGAAGACCAUUAACUGAGAGACCUUAUUCAGAAGUAAAUGGAGAUACCAAGUGGCAGUCUUUAAAAAGUUAUUAUGGACUACCUCCUCUGAAAGGAAGCCUGAAUAGUUGUAUAAGUCCAGACUUUAUACAAGAAGGUAGGGGGUAUUCCAUGUGUUUGCAGAAUGGAGGAAUAAAACGCACAGUUAGUGAACCUUCUCUGUCUGGGUUCCAUCAGAACAAGAAAUUGAAACAAGACCAAAAGGCUAAUGGAGAAAGAAAUAACUUCGGGGAAAGCCAAGAAAAAAAUCCAGACGAAAGCAGCAGUCAACCAAAUGUCUCCGAUUUGAGUGAUAAGAGAGAACCUGAGAGCUCUGUAGCCCAAGAAGAUGCAAUGAAAGAUUUAGCCAGUUUUUCAACACAUAACUGCAGUGGGUCUAAAAAUGUAGGGCUUCAGAUUCUGAAUGUGCAAGAGAAGAAAAAUGUCAGCUACCAUGACAGGAACAUUGUAUUACUUCUUAAAAACAAGACAGUGCUAAUGCCUAAUGGUGCUACAGUUUCUGCCUCUUCCAUGGAAAACACACAUGGUGAACUCCUGGAAAAAACACUGUCUCAAUAUUAUCCAGAUUGUGUUUCCAUUGCGGUGCAGAAAACCACAUCUCACAUAAAUGCCAUUAACAUGCUGGCUACUAAUGAGUUGUGUGAGAUCACUCAUCCAUCCCAUACCUCAGGGCAGAACAAUUCCCCACAGACCUCGAACUCUGAGCUGCCUCCAGCACCAGCUGCAGUGGUGACUGAGGCCCAUGAUGCUGAUAAUGCUAGUAAACCAUCUGCAGUUCCUGGUACCUGUCCCUUUCAGAAACCAGAACAAAAUCCACAAAAAUCAGUUUUUGAGAUAUGCUCAUCUCCUGCAGAAGAUAGUAACAUCCAAGGAACCACAAAACUAGUAUCUGGUGAAGAAUUCUGUUCAGGUUCCAGCAGCAAUUUUCAAGCUCCUGGUGGCAGCUCUGAACAGUAUUUAAAGCAAAAUGAAAUAAAUGGUGCUUACUUCAAGGAAAGCUCAGUGUUCACUAAGGAUUCCUUUUCUGCCACUACCACACCACCACCAUCACAAUUACUUCUUUCUACCCCACCUCUUCUCCCACAGAUAACUCAGCCUUCUUCCAAAGGAACAAGAACUCUGGAUGAUGGAGUUUUAGAACACCAUAAGUACCCCAACCAAAGUAACACAACUCUUUUAGGGGAAGUGAAAAUAGAAAGUACACCAGAGGCACCACCAUCCCAGAGUCCUAACCGAUCUAAACAUGCAUCCAGUCCCUCUCUAAUUAUUCCAGAAGGGCCUCUGAAUAAUUGUGUCAACAAGAAUGAGAUAUGGACCCCAGGGACAAUGGUGGCUCCAUUGUGUUCUGAGAAAACAAGACAAUUAUCAGAACAUCUCAAGCAUAAUUCACCAAUUUUUGAUAGCAGUGCAGAACAACAGGGCCACUGCCAGCAGUUGAUGGGAUACAAAGAGAUUCUAAAGGAUCAAGACAAGGAACAAGCACGAGAUCUUGAGCACCCAAUACAGUCUUAUCUGAAACCAGGGUGGACUAAAUUGAAAGCCUCUCAAUUUCAUCAAGCAGAAUCCCAUCCAAAAUAUAAGGCAUCACUGCGGUCAGUUCUUCAGCAUGAAUCCAAUCCUUCCAAUCAGAUGACCUCCGAACAAUACACUAGAAAUUCCAACAUGCCUGGGGUGCUCCCAGGGCAAACUUACGUCCAGGAAAUAAUGCAGCCAAAACAGAGGUCACAAAUGUACCAAGUUGAGAUGAAUCAAAUGCAGUCUGUAGGUACUGUGGACCAGCAUCUCCAAUUCCGAAAACCCUCACCACAUAUGCAGUUCUCCAAGACAAACCCUUCAUCUGAAGCUCACGUGCAGUCACUCUGUGCCCCUAGACUUCAUUUCCAAUCAAGACCAGAUCCUCAAACUGAGAAACUCAUGCCUACAUCAUUAAAACAGCACUUGAAUCAACAGGCUUCAAAGACUGAGCCUUUCUCAAACUCACGCCUUUUACAGUAUAAGCCUCAUAAGCAGGCAGCACAAACACAACCAUCCCAGAGUUCACGUCUCCCUCAAAACCAGCAACAACAGCAAAAAUUACAAAUGAAGAAAAAAGAACACAUGCCCCAGGCUUUUUCACAUCCCCAAAGCAACAAUGAUCAGCAAAGAGAAGGAUCAUUCUUUGGCCAGAUUAAAGUGGAAGAAUGUUUUCAGGGUAAAAAUCAGUAUUUAAAAUCAAGUGAGUUCCAGACUCAUAACCCUCAAAUGGGACUGGAGCAAGGGCAGAAUAUGAAUAGUAGAAAUUCCUCUUAUGGUCAUAUGCUGAAAUCAAAUGCAAGCAAUGUACAUCUUUCUUGUGCAAACAGUACACACCUAGUUCCAGAGAAGAAAGCGCAGACCAUAAAUUCUGAACUUUUGGUAGGAAACAAGACUCAAAACUUGCACCAUAUGCAAUAUUUUCCAAAUAAUGUGACCCCAAAGCAGGAGGUUUUUCAUAGGUGCUUUCAACAACAGGAGCAGAAGCCACAACAAGCUUCAGCUCUACAAGGACAUAAGAGUAGAAACCAAGAUAUGUCUAGUCAACAAGCUGCACAACUCACUCAACAAAGGUACUUGAUGCAUAACCAAGCAAAUGCUUUCUCUGUGCCUGACCAGGGAGGAAGUCACAUUCAGAACCCUCCCCAGAAGUCACAUUCAGAACCCUCCCCAGUCCAUCAAAAGUAUACUGCUCUAAGGUGGCAUCUCUUACAGAGACAAGAACAGCAGAAAACACAACAAUCACAAACUGAGACUUGCCAUAAUCAGAUGCAUAGGCCCAUUAAAGUUGAACCUGGGUCCAAGCCCCAUGCGUGUAUGCACCCCAUGUCAGCACAGCCAGAAAACAAAAUGUGGAAAAAGGUAACAAAGCAAGAUAUUCCACCUCUGAGCUGUGAUAAUGUGCAGCAAAAGAGCAUCAUUGAGACUAUGGAGCAGCAUCUGAAGCAGUUUCAGGUCAAAUCAUUGUUUGACCAUAAGGCUCCUACACACAGGUCACAAAAGCAAGUAAAAGUUGAAAUGUCAGGGCCAGUCACGGUGUUAACUAGACACACCACGGCUGCAGAACUUGAUAGUCACACCCCAGCUUUAGAGCAGCAAGCAACUCCUUCUUCAGAAAAGACACCGACCAAAAGAACAGCUGGUUCUGUUCUCAAUAAUUUUUUAGAAUCACCUUCCAAAUUACUAGAUACGCCUAUAAAAAAUUUAUUGGAUACACCUGUCAAGACUCAAUAUGAUUUCCCAUCAUGCAGAUGUGUAGAGCAAAUUAUUGAAAAAGAUGAAGGUCCUUUUUAUACCCAUCUAGGAGCAGGUCCUAAUGUGGCAGCUAUUAGAGAAAUCAUGGAAGAAAGGUUUGGACAGAAGGGUAAAGCUAUUAGGAUUGAAAGAGUGGUCUAUACUGGUAAAGAAGGCAAAAGUUCUCAGGGAUGUCCUAUUGCUAAAUGGGUGGUUCGGAGAAGCUGCAGUGAGGAGAAGCUGCUGUGUUUGGUACGGGAGCGAGCAGGCCACACCUGUGAGGCUGCAGUGAUUGUGAUUCUCAUCUUGGUUUGGGAAGGAAUCCCACUGUCUCUGGCUGACAAACUCUACUUGGAGCUCACUGACACGCUGAGAAAAUAUGGCACGCUCACCAAUCGUCGGUGUGCCCUGAAUGAAGAGAGAACCUGUGCCUGUCAAGGGCUGGACCCAGAGACCUGCGGUGCUUCUUUUUCUUUUGGUUGUUCCUGGAGCAUGUACUACAAUGGUUGUAAGUUUGCCAGAAGCAAGAUCCCAAGGAAAUUUAAACUGCUUGGAGAUGACCCGAAAGAGGAAGAAAAACUAGAGUCUCAUUUGCAAAACCUGUCUACACUUAUGGCACCAACAUACAAGAAACUUGCACCUGAUGCAUAUGAUAAUCAGAUUGAAUAUGAAGACAGAGCACCAGAGUGCCGUCUGGGUCUGAAGGAAGGCCGUCCAUUUUCAGGGGUCACUGCGUGUCUGGACUUCUGUGCUCAUGCCCAUAGAGACUUGCACAACAUGCAGAAUGGUAGCACCUUGGUAUGCACCCUUACUAGAGAAGACAAUCGGGAAAUUGGUGGAAAACCUGAGGAUGAGCAGCUCCAUGUUCUGCCUCUAUACAAAGUCUCUGACAUGGAUGAGUUUGGGAGUGUAGAAGCUCAGGAGGAGAAAAAACGAAAUGGUGCCAUUCAGGUACUGAGCUCUUUUCGGCGGAAAGUAAGAAUGUUAGCAGAGCCAGUCAAGACGUGCCGGCAAAGGAAACUAGAAGCCAAGAAAGCUGCAGCUGAGAAGCUUUCAUCUCAGGAGAACAGCUCCAAUAAGAAUGAAAAGGAAAAAUCAGCCUCUUCACGUACAAAGCAGACUGAAAAUGUGAACCAGGCUAAACAGUUGACAGAACUUUUACGACUUUCAGGACCAGUCAUUCAGCAGUCCCAGCAGCCCCAGUCACAGCCCCAGCAAUCACAAAAGCAGCUCCAACAGCCACAGAAGCAGCCACAACAGCCACAGCAGCCACCACAACCCCAACAGCCGCAGCAACCCCAGCAACAGCCACAGCGAAUGCAUCAGCAGCAGCCACAUCACCCCUUGACUGAUCACCCUCAGUCAGAAUCUAUCAACUCUUACUCUUCUUCUGGACCCACCAGUCUAUAUAUGAGACAGCCCAAUCCAGUCAGUCCUUAUCCAAGUUCUUCACACACUUCAGAUAUUUAUGGAGGUGCCAACCCAAUGAACCUCUACUCCACCUCAUCCCAAACUGCAGGAUCAUAUUUUAAUUCUUCCAAUCCCGUGAACUCCUAUCCUGGGCUUUUGAAUCAGAACAACCAAUAUCCAUCAUAUCAGUGCAAUGGUAAUGUAUCAAUGGACAACUGUGCCCCAUAUCUGGGUUCCUAUUCUCCUCAGUCUCAGCCCAUGGAUUUGUAUAGAUAUCCAAACCAAGACCCUCUCUCUAAACUAAACCUACCACCCAUCCAUACAUUAUACCAGCAAGGGUUUGGAAAUAGUCAGAGUUUUUCUUCCAAGUACUUAGGAUAUGGAAACCAAAAUAUGCACGGAGAUGCCUUCACCAGUUGUACUAUUCGACCAAAUGUACACCAUGUAGGGACAUUUCCUCCUUAUUCUACUCAUGAGAUGGAUGGCCACUUCAUUGAAGCCCCCUCUAGAUUACCACCCAAUUUGACCAACCCAAGCAUAGACUAUAAAAAUGGUGAACAUCAUCCAUCGUCUCAUAUCAUCCAUAAUUAUAGUGCAGCUCCAGGCAUGUUCAGUAGCUCUCUCCAUGCUCUACAUCUCCAAAACAAAGAGAAUGACAUGCUUUCCCACACAGCUAAUGGAUUGUUGAAGAUGCUUACCCAUGAGAGAGCUGCUUCUGCCCAAGAAGGUUUACACAAGUCAAACGAUGCUGGCAUUCAGGAAAAGCCGCCUUCAGUAGCAGUCCUGGGUGUGGCGUCUGCUGCAGAGGACAAUGAUGAGGUGUGGUCAGACAGUGAGCAGAGCUUUCUGGAUCCUGACAUUGGGGGAGUGGCUGUGGCUCCAACUCAUGGGUCAAUCCUUAUCGAGUGUGCGAAGCGCGAGCUGCAUGCCACAACCCCUUUAAAGAAUCCCAAUAGGAACCACCCCACCAGGAUCUCACUUGUUUUUUACCAGCAUAAGAGCCUGAAUGAGCCCAAACAUGGCUUAGCUCUUUGGGAAGCCAAAAUGGCUGAAAAAGCCCGUGAGAAAGAAGAAGAGUGUGAAAAGUAUGGCCCAGACUACGUGCCUCAGAAAUCCCAUGGCAAAAAAGUGAAACGGGAGCCCACUGAGCCGCAUGAACCUUCAGAACCCACUUACCUGCGCUUCAUCAAGUCCCUUACUGAAAGGACCAUGUCCGCGACCACAGACUCCACAGUAACUACAUCUCCAUAUGCCUUCACUCGGGUCACAGGGCCUUACAACAGAUAUAUAUAA